AUGGAUCGAUUCACUCAAUUCCCUGUCGUCAAUGACGACGGCCAUGCGGUUCAUGUCCUGCCAUGGCAGGUCGAUGCCCAACUCCCCGCAGAGCUGCUGGCUAUGUCAUGGGCCGUAUUAUUGCGUGCAUUCACGACCGAUGAUACUCCGGUCUUUCUGUUGAACGGGAACCCGGUCAAAGCAGAUUUAUCGGCGCAGACUGUGCUUUCAGCAGAUCUCGCCGAGGUAGCCAGUCUGUCCGUCAAGCACACGGCCGUUGUGCUGGGCGAUCAUCCGUCCGGACAGCCUGCGGCGUUACUGUGGACCAUGGACCCCACGAUGCAGUCGGGAGCACUGCAUGCGACCGGUGGCAUGGAUCUCGGCUUCCUGCGGCAGCUAGGUCAACAGCUCAAGCAAAUUGUACAGGAACAGGCUGUUCGCGCCGACAUGCAAAUGAGCAUUCCUGUAUCCGAAACGCCCACUCUAUCUAUUACAAAUAGCGAUCCCGCCACACUUCCAGGGCCACAACUACUGCAUGAUCUAGCAGUACGCGGUAUCAAUGAUGCCAAUCAUGCUAUUGAAUUUCUUGCCGCAGAUGGAAACAUCCGCUGCUUGUCCUAUGAGGCAUUGGACCGGUUGUCUUCGAAGCUAGCAGGUGAUAUUGCCCGUGUUUCGACAACAACCGGUGGAAGCGUGGUUGUUCCAGUGCUUUUGCCCCAGUCAGUGGAGCUGUACAUUUCCUGGCUAGGCAUUCUCAAAGCUGGCGCCGCAUUCUGCCCUCUCAACACCGAUGCACCACCAGAUCGCAUCGAGUUCAUUCUCCAGGAUGUAGCUGCAUCCGUGGUGAUCACACAAGAUGCUCUUGUAUCGAAGAUCCCACCGACAGAGAACCUGUCCAUUCUAACAGUAGACGACCUUGAAUCUAGGCCAGAUGGCACAGAGCCCUGUGCCACUACAUGCACAUCCUCAAAUUUGGCCUAUGUGAUGUACACCUCCGGGUCGACGGGACGCCCCAAAGGUGUUGGAGUGUCCCACCUCGCUGCGACCCAGUCACUUCUUGCUCAUGAUGAUUUGAUACCCCCAUUCAAGCGAUUUUUACAAUUUGCGUCACCCACCUUUGACGUUUCCGUGUUCGAGGUCUUUUUUCCUAUGAUGCGAGGGGCCACCCUGAUUGGCUCCGAGCGAGAGAAUAUGCUUCUCGAUAUCUCUCAUGUGAUGACCCGCAUGCAAGUCGAUGCUGCGGAGUUGACUCCUACAGUAGCAGGUGAGCUACUACGCACGCGAGCCGCGGCGCCUUCUCUUCGUGUGCUCCUGACUAUCGGUGAAAUGCUCACCAGACACGUGGUGGAUGAGUUCGGUCAGUCUGAAGGCAAAGAUGGCAUUCUUCAUGGCAUGUACGGGCCCACCGAGGCAGCCAUUCAUUGCACUGCUGCCACCCAUUUCCAAGCCAAAGAUCGCGUGAACAUGAUUGGAAAGCCGUUCAAGACAGUUUCAGCAUACAUCAUGUCUCUCCCUUCAGACGACGCUUCCUCCAGUGAGCUUUCCAUGCUUCCACUCGGCCAGAUUGGAGAGCUCGUGGUGGGUGGUCCUCAACUAGCGGAUGGCUAUAUCAACCGCCCCGAAGAGAAUGCCAAAGCGUUUAUUGAUAGUCCGUUGUACGGUCGACUCUACCGGACAGGUGACAAAGCCCGCAUGCUUCCAAACGGAGACAUCGAAUGUUUCGGUCGAAUCUCCAGCGACCAAGUGAAAUUGCGAGGCCAGCGUAUUGAACUGGGCGAGAUAGAGCACGUUAUUGCCAGAACCGAAGGCGUUCGCAGUGCUGUGACUAUCGUUAUUGGCGGCAAUUUAAUUGCUUUUGUCCUGGUCACCGGACAAGGAACGACUGACCGUGCUAUUCGAGAUGUCUGCCGCCAGCUUCUACCACGAUUUAUGAUUCCUGGAGAAUUUGUAAUUGUGGAUCAAUUUCCUCAACUUCCUUCAGGCAAGGUUGACCGCAAGACGUUGGAAGCUGACUUCCUGCGCAACCGUAGCACAGCUCAGUCUUUUGACGAGGAGCUUGGCCGGGAUGCAAAAGAAGAGGCAAUUAUGUCAUGUGUGAUUGAUGUUCUCGGUCGUCGACUCGCAUCUGCAGAGAGUUUGGCAUCGGCAGGGCUUGAUUCGCUAGGUGCGAUCCGUCUAGCGUCCCACCUUUUGGGUGCGGGAAUCCGUAUUGAGGUGGCAACCCUGCUUGAAGCGGAUUCUGUAGAUGGAAUCUGGCAGCUUUCUACAAUGCUGGAAGGCUCUGGUUCUACCGGAGAUACCCAGGCAGUCCUUGAACCGAUUUUGCAGCUUGUCUCGAAUGCAGGUGCAGCAAGGGUUGAACACUUAGGGUUGUCUCCACAGGUCUCAGAGGUCGUUCCGUGUAGCCAUAUCCAACAGGCGAUGGUUUUGGAGACUGUACGCAACAGCAAAGCCUACUGCAACUGGAUCGAGCUGGAAUUCGAGCCCUCGAUCGGUUCAGCCUCUCUAAAAAAUGCUUUUGCUCAACUUGUUCAGCACAAUGAGAUUUUGCGCUCCGGGUUCGUGGAAAUCGGCCUCAAGGAUCAGUUGUAUGGUCGAUUCGUUUGGAAUGCAAUUGAUGAGCAUAUCAGUGAACAAGCAGAUCUUGACUACAAUGUGUCAUUAGGUGCGGGUCACGAUGUAUUGAACCCAUUCAGAGUCCAGAUCAAGGAGGAGAAGAGCCAACUCCGAGUCGUCGUACAUAUUCAUCAUGCGCUGUAUGAUGGAUGGUCAUGGCAACUGAUUUUGAACGACCUUCGCGAUAUCUUGUCCGGGGGUGAAAUUGCCUUAAAGCAUCCUUACAAUAUCGUCACGAACUUCUUCCUCGAGCACAAGCUGGACAAAUCAGCAACAGAAUCUUUGACCUAUUGGCGCGACCAGCUCCAAGGACUAUAUCCUGCUAGUUUUCCCAACUUCCAAGGGAAGAUUGAUGUACCACCAACUACUCAGCAAACCACCCGCAUACUUGAAGUUUCCGUUUCGAAACUCAACGAAAUCACUCAGCAUCUCCGCAUCAGUCGACAAACAAUAUUCCAAGCCGCCUUUUGCUACAUCCUCUCAUCUUAUCUUGGCACAGACGACGUGACAUUUGGAACCGUCUUCUCGGGCCGUACACUCCCCGUGAAAGGGAUAGAAACAGUCCUCGGACCAUGCAUUAGAACCUUACCAACACGUAUGAAUCUGACUAAGAUGCAAGACGUGACAGACCUCCUCCUAGCCAUCCAGAACAUGAACCGCAAGUCCCUUGAGCAUGGCAGCUUAUCAUUGCAAGACAUCAAGAAAGCAUCUGGUAUCGAGCCAGAUCGCAACCUCUUCGAUACGACUGUUGUGUGGCAAGAAAGCAUUUGGUCCGAUGAUCAGCGAGACUCGCCAUUCAAAGAAGUCAAUGCAGCAGAGUUCUUGGAAUUUGCGCUUUUGUUAGAGUUUGAGCCUCGACCUGAUUGCAUCUUUGCCCGGGCAACUUAUCUGCAGUCCAUCUUGCCAUUGGAGCAAGCUACUCUUCUCCUGGAGCAGAUUGAUUCUGUGGCUUCAACUUUGAUCGAUAAUGUUCAACUUCCAAUCGAGAAUAUUCGCUCUUUUCUGCCUUCAUCAACAUUGUCUGUUCUUAAUGCAGCUGCAGUCGAGCAAGUCACACUUCCAAGCCUGGCGUCCGGAGUCGAGAAAACUGCCACGACCAAUCCAAGUCUGGUAGCGCUCGAGUUGAUGCUUUCAACUCGAGACACUACCACCCCGUCGAUUGAACGCGUGACAUAUGCUGAACUGAACACUCGCGCCAAUCGUCUGGCGCAUCACUUACAUCAUGUCGGUGUUACUCACACUGACCUGAUUGGUGUUCUCUUGAGCAACUCGGUUGACUUUUAUGUUGCGGUUCUUGCGGUCGCCAAAUCGACUGCUGGUCUUCUCCUUAUUCCUCAUGCCACCUCGCAGGUUGUUAAAUCUGCUCUGUCUACAACAGAGUCCAAAUUAUGCAUUGUUGACUCAGAAUCCGUGCAGAGAUUUGAUUUAGAUUCUGUGUCUUCUGUCCAACAGAUCUCUGUUUCUUCGUCGAUGUAUCCCUGUCAUUAUGACAAUCCUCCGACUGUCGAGGAAGGGUCUGAUGUGGCCUAUGUUGAGAUCACUUAUAACAGUGACUCCAUAGAUGAUGUUGUUAUUUCUCGUCGUAAUCUGGAGAGCAGCAUAAAGGCUCUUUCGGAGGUAUACCCAACGCCGGCUGGUUCAAAGAUCUUAUCCAUGGCUCCCUCUGGAUCGGGCGUCUCGAUUUUUGAGACAUUUUUUGCCUGGCAUAAUGGCAUGGCACUUUGCUCAAUUUCCUCCGAGCAUGAUGUUGUGCAAGCUGCUCAAGAAAUGGCCAUCACGCAUUUACAUAUGACACCCACGCUGGCGUCUCGUGUUAGCCCGAAGUCUAUGCCAAGUGUCAAGUAUCUACUAACUUCGGGCGAAGAGCUAACCCCCAAUGUUCAUCAGAACUGGGGCAAGAAAGAGAUCUACCAAACCUACAGCUCUGGUGCAAUUGCUCAUAUUUGCGCCAUCUAUCCUAAUGUCAAAGAUUCAGCAUCUCUCCGAAACAUUGGAAAGCCACUGAAUAACACCUCUGCUAUGAUUGUGGCAGAUCAAGAAUCAUUCUCUCUUCUUCCUCGCGGUGCCAUUGGAGAGCUUUGCUUUGGUGGUGAUCAAGUUGGACGCUCCCUGUCGAACUCCAAUUCCUCCUAUGCAGCGAAAUUCAUUGAGCACCCUCAAUACGGGAAGCUUUACAGAACAGGCGAUUUUGCUAGGCUUCUUCCUGAUGGAACCAUUCUCCUCCAGAAAAGAGGCGGUACAAGCCUCCGAGCUCAGCUCAUUGGUAUUGAUGAAGUUGCCCAUUCUCUUUUGUCUGUUUCAGAUAUUCGCGAAUCUGUGAGCAUGAUUUUGGAUAGCCCGGCACGGAGCCAACAAUAUUUGGUAACAUUUUGGAUUCCUUCUGAAUCCGCGGGGCCUGUACAAAGUGAAGAUGUCACGACCAACCUCUUCAAGGAGCUUGGCAAAAAGCUUCCUUCAUCGAGCAUGCCUUCACUCCUCAUUCCAAUUGACGAAAUUCCUCUCACCCGCUCCAACAAGACUGAUUUCUCCGUAUUAAAGCGACGGGUGGAACAGCUAGAGCCAGAGGCGCUUGCUAUGUUUUCGUCGAAAUCCAUUUCCGAUGAUUCUGACAACAGCUUUACCGAGCUUGAGCAGACAAUCUCGUCGGCUCUAUCCGCAGUCACUGGCGCUGAGCAAAGCAACAUCCGCAAACACACAUCAUUCUAUAGACUGGGAUUGGACUCCCUUUCUGCCGUAUCCUUUUCUCGUAAGCUGCAAGAAGCUGGCUGUGGAAGACUGAUGGUUUCCACAAUUCUCCGCCAUAGCUCUAUCGCCCAGCUUGCAGCAGUCAUUCCUCCCAUGAUCAACGAAGAUCAGCCAGAGCAGGUCGAAGCACACCAGCCUCCAGCGGUGUUUGACGAGACCUUCAUUCACCAAGUAGAAGGUGAAUACAGCGCUGCAGCUGCCUCUGUUCAGAAGAUCUAUCCUUGUACACCCCUACAAGAGGCUAUGCUUGCAGCUGAGUCUGGAGACCACUCGGCAUACUUUAAUCAUCUCCUGCUUCUUGUGAACACUGAUGCCGACGCUAUGAGAGCUGCUUGGGCUCAGAUGAUGCAGCGACAUGACAUUCUCAGAACUUGUUUUAUGCAGACCAAUGACAAACGAUUUGCGUAUGCUCAGGUCGUGCUGGACAGCUCGGCGUUGCCCUGGUCUCAUAUCGAGAUUUCCACCGACAGCCAACUAAAUGAUAUGAUUAAGGAAAGCAAGUCUAGCUUCGAGGGUCUCUCUCCAAUCAACGGCAAAUUGCCAUACUCCUUGACAUUUAUCACGGAGUCCACUACACAGAAGGCGCAUCUGCUGCUUUCAAUUCAUCAUGCUCUCUAUGAUGGAGAGGGAAUUGCUCAAUUAUUGAACGAGGUUCAGCAGUCACUUUCAAAUAAGGAAUUACCGGUUGCUACUCCGUUCUACCGGUUCAUUGACUAUAUGACAUCUGUGGAUCAUGAAUCGUCUGACAAAUAUUGGGACGACUACUUGUCUGGUUUUUCACCAACUCUUCUACCAAUGACCUCCGCCAAUGGAGACGAAUCGGCCUCUCAACAAUAUCACACAACUUACAAGGCGUCUUUUUCAUCUUUCAAACAACAAUGCAAGGAGCUCUCUGUGACUCCCUUGAACAUAUUCCAUGCAGCAUGGGCCCGGCUUCUCGCCCUUUACGCCAAUUCUUCCGACGUCACUUUUGGAAAUGUAUUCAGUUGCCGAACCGUUCCCGUAAAUGGUGCAGAUCGGAUAGUCGGACCUUGCUUCAACACCCUCCCCAUCCGAAUCAAAUUUCCUUCCACCGCGACAAAUAUUGAUAUCAUGAAGUUGUCGCAAAAGAGCAAUAGCGAUAUUUUGCCUCAUCAACUCAGUCCGCUGCGACGCAUUCAGCGGCGCAUCCUUGGCGGAGGUUCUUACCUCUUCGAUAGUCUGCUCAUUUUCCAGAACGGCAACAUUGGUCUGGAUUCCCAAAUUUGGGAGCUUCUUCAAGACGAAGGGAAUAUGGGAUUUCCUUUGAUAUGCGAGAUUAUUCCCGAUGAAAGAGAAGAUAAGAUCCAGAUCUGUCUUCAUUUCCAGUCGUCACAUAUCUCCCAGGUUAUUGCUGAAACCAUUGCCGCUCAUUUCGUGACUCUCAUUGAACAUUUCAUUCAAUACCCCUCUGCUCAAGCAUCUGAUAAGAGAAUACUUGGGGUGGAUAUCCCCAAAGUCUUUGAGCAAAAGCAGUCUUCGACGAUGAACACGGUGAGACCCUUGAAUACUUCCCGACAGACUCGCCCCUGGUCCGCCCAAGAAAGUACAGUGCGCGACAUUCUCUGUGAAUUUUCUGAUGUUGAAUCAAACGACUUAUCCCCGGAUUCAACCAUCUUCCAGCUUGGUCUGGACAGUAUCAAUGCUGUUCAAAUAGCUGCCAAGUUGCGUGGAAUGAGGUAUAAGAUCUCCUCCGGUGAGAUUCUUGAGGCUGCUUCCAUCGGCCAAAUUGCUGCUCUUCUCACCUCUAGUGAGAAAAAUGUCACGGAAGCCGAGUUCGACUUUUUGUCAUUCCAGAACCAACAUUUACAAUCUGUUUGUGAGCAGCUUGAAAUUUCCUCGGAUAAUGUGCAGGCUCUGCGCCCCUGCACACCAGUUCAAAAUGGCAUGCUCGCCAUGUUCACGCAUUCGCAUGGUGACGUGUACUUCAACCGAAUGUCUUUGAAGUUUUCAACGCCCUUGAAUAGACAUCUUCUCAAGGCAGCCUGGUCUACGGUGAUGGCUCGCCAUGAGAUGCUUCGUACUGGUUUUGUUCAGUUACGCGAUCAUCAACAUCCAUUUGCUAUGAUCACAUAUCCCGAGAAUAUCGAACUGCCCUGGCAUGAGACCACAGCAUCUUGUAUUGAAGCAAACCAAGUGUUGAAUAAUCUCCACCGUCCUCCUUGGAGCAUUGAGGUUUCAGCUGAAGAAAGUCUUACAGUUCUGCAUUUCUCUGCACUGCAUGCUAUGUACGAUGCCCAGUCUCUUUCUGCUAUUUUCGCAGAUGUCAGAGCAGCAUAUGAGAACAAAACACUAUCUACCCUUGCUCCAAUCACCACAACCCUCGGGCCCAUCCUACUUGAAAGCAAGAGUCAAACCCAAUCUGCACAAGGCUUUUGGCAAGAUUUAGGUCCAGAGGUUCACUCCUCCAAAUUCCCCGAUCUUCAUCCCAUCCGCAGCGACAAGCGUAAACUUCUCAGCACAUCUGUUCGCUGCACAUACCCGCGCAAGGUACUCGAAGAUGCUUGUCGGAGUAUUGGUGUGACUCUUCAGGCAGCCGGCCAAGUUGCAUGGGCUAGGUUGCUUUCUGCCUACACUGGAGAGUCGAAUGUUACCUUUGGCACUGUUCUUUCAGGCAGAAAUCUUUCCACCGAUGCACAGAAUGCUAUAUUCCCAUGUUUAGUGACUGUUCCAACCCCUCUUUGCAUCGAGGGUUCUAACCGGGAUCUUCUGGAUCGCAAUUUGAAACGGAAUGCGCUAUUUGUCAAGAAUCAAUUCGCGCCGCUCUCACAUGUUCAACGUUGGGUCGGUAGCGACGAAGCUCUCUUUGAUACUCUAUUUGUCUACCAAAAGUUCGCUUCGGAUGACACCGAGGUUGACGGAUGGAAUGUCGUUGAUGAAGAGACGAGGAUUGAUUACCCUGUCUCUAUUGAGUUGAUUCCACACCCAACGGACUUCGAGAUCCAACUGAGCUACCGUAGUGAUAUCGUGCCCCCGGAGCAAGCUCACAUCCUUCUCAGCCAGUAUGACAAAUUGUUGGAAGAUGUCGUCUUCCAUCCGAAUCAUAUUUCCACCGAUUAUGCAUCUGUGGGUGGCGACCUUCUCUCAGUGACACCAGCCAAAGAAGCACCCAUUCCAACCACGGUCUCCCUGCUGCACCAGUUUGUUGAGGUCAACGCCGUCAAAAUUCCCGAGAAGAUUGCUUUUGAGUUUGCUUAUGGGGACACUGCAGAGAGUCUACAGAAGAAAUCUUGGACUUAUCGCCAGUUCAAUGAAUGUGGAAAUCAAAUCGCACAUUUCCUGCAGGCUAAGGGAGCUGUUCCUGGUGGGAUGAUCGGUAUUUGCUUUGACAAGUCCCCUGAAGCAUCUAUGGCCAUUUUGGGUAUUUUAAAGACAGGCUGUUCGUACUUGGCUAUUGAUCCCGGCGCUCCCAUUUCCCGCAAGCAGUUCAUGCUGGAAGAUUCCGGUACCAAGAUUUUGCUCUGCAAUGAGUCCAAGUUAUCCGACUUAGUGGAGCUCUCGGGUGUGGAUGUUCAGGCAUUGGAUGAACCUGGUCUACUGGAUAGCAUCUCAACCGCUGAUGUGUCACUCAUCCGCGCAAUCAGGCCAGAUGAUACCUCUUAUUGUCUGUAUACUUCUGGUACUACUGGAACACCCAAGGGAUGCGAGAUCACACAUGACAAUGCCGUACAAGCAAUGCUAGCUUUCCAAAGGCUGUUCGCAGGCCAUUGGGAUGAAGAUUCCCGGUGGUUGCAAUUCGCAUCUUUUCAUUUUGACGUCAGUGUUUUGGAACAAUACUGGAGUUGGAGUGUUGGUAUUUGUGUCACAUCUUGUCCCCGAGAUCUUUUGUUCGAGGAUCUACCAGGCACAAUCCAGAAACUUCAAAUCACACACAUCGAUCUCACGCCCAGUUUGGCAAAACUGGUUCACCCAGAUGAAGUCCCCUCACUCUGUCGGGGAGUCUUUAUCACUGGUGGCGAGGCUUUGAAGCAAGAAAUCCUCGAUGCCUGGGGCAAACAUGGCGUUAUCUACAACGGGUACGGGCCGACAGAGGUGACUAUCGGAUGCACAAUGCUGCCUCGCAUGUCUGCCAAUGACAAGGCCUCGAACAUCGGGCCCCAGUUCGAUAAUGUUGGCUCAUAUGUCUUCCGUCCUGGUACAAUCACACCAGUGCUACGUGGUAGUAUUGGUGAACUUUGUGUCUCGGGACCGCUUGUCGGAAAAGGCUAUCUCAAUCGCGCAGAGCUCACGAAAGAGCGAUUCCAAACUCUACCCGAGUCUGGAGACCGUAUUUACCGUACUGGUGAUCUGGUCAGGAUCUUGCACGAUGGAAGCUUCCAAUUCCUUGGUCGAAUUGAUGACCAGGUUAAACUACGUGGACAGCGUCUCGAGAUUGGGGAGAUCAACGAAGUGAUCAAGCAGGCUACACCUGAAUUAAAUGAGGUUGCUACUCUGGUUAUCACACAUCCAACUCAAGCCAAGGAUCAACUUGUCUCUUUCUUCACCACUUUAUCAUCAAAUGGGGAUAAGAAAUCCCGCAAAGUCGGUGUACAGGUUCGAUCCUCAGAUGAUGACCGUAUCCUCCUCUCAAAGAUCAAGAACGCUUGUCGCACUCACCUUCCCGGGUAUAUGGUGCCAACACAUAUCAUCCCAAUGACUCGAUUUCCUCUAUCAGCCAACAACAAGGCAGAUAUGAAAGUCUUGAAAAGUAUCUAUCAAGAGCUUCCAUUGGAAGAUAUUCAAAAUUUGAGUUCUAUGGGUGUCGACCUACCCACCGACAACGUACUCGAACGGCAGCUUGUUUCCGUUCUUGCAAAGUUCAUUGGCUUGUCUGAUACGGAGAUAUCUUCUUGGUCUAGUAUUUAUGAAAUGGGUCUUGAUUCGAUUUCUGUUAUUGCUUUCUCGAGGAGUUUGAGAGAGGCUGGGCUCUCGCAGGCUCAGCCUUCUAUCAUCAUGAAAAAUCCUACCAUCGCUGGAAUGGCCUCUGCUCUGCAGACUUCUACUCCAUCUACUUUCUCAAUUGAAACCCUUCAGCGAAACGCCAAGCAGCAUAUUGAGGCUUUCGCACAGAAGAACUCUCAUAAUGUGAUUGAACACCUUGGAGUUCUAAACGAUGAUGUUGAAAGGAUUGCGCCUUGUACUCCUCUUCAAGAAGGUAUUAUCUACCAUUAUCUUUCCAGUGAUACACCAUUGUACUGCUCGUCUUUCACCUUUGAGCUUGACUCCUCUGUCGACUUUGAAGCCCUCAAGACGGCUUGGGGUCAAACUCAGCAAGACGUUCAAAUGUUGCGUGCUCGAUUUUCGCCAUCCCCAGAUGGCUAUGCUCAAGUUAUCCUGAAGAAAGACGCGCUUUCUUGGGCCUUUGAUACGGUCGAAACUGAAGCAGAAAUUGAGAGUCUUCGUAAAGGGCGACAUGAACAAUGGACAGCUCGACUUGAUAGUCUCUCUUCCAAUUUGUGGGAAGUUGGAGUCAUCAGCUGCUCAACUACAUCAGUGAUGUAUUUGAACAUCUUCCACGGUCUCUACGAUGGAACCAGCCUGACUUUUAUUUUUGAGUCUGUUGCCGAGAACUAUCUAAGCAAGAAAGGUCUGCCGCGUUGCGAUUUCCUUGAUGUUCUACACUUAGGGCCUCUUUGCAAAGACCCUGCUGCAAAGGAAUUCUGGAGAGAGCAUUUGGCAGAUUGUAACAAUCGGCCUUUAGUCACAAACGGACAAGAAAGCACACCAAUCCUCCACAAAGCUCAAAUUAAUGCCACGGAGCAGGUCGACCAGCUUCGUCGUUCCCUCAAUGUAACCGAACAAGCUGUCCUCCAUGCUUGUUGGCUCUUGACUCUACAGCAGCAAUACUCAUUUGUGCCACCACUUGGUAUCAUCGCCUCGGGUCGGACAAUCGAUGUCCUAGGCAUUGAAAAUGUGAUCGGACCACUAUUCAAUACUGUCCCAAGCAAUGUCCAACUAACUGGCUUGGAGACAUGGUCCGAUGUUGCGCGGCGUUGUCAUGAGUACCAGGUGUCCAUGAUGCCCUUCCAGUACACUGCACUGCGAGAUAUUGUGAAAUGGCUCGGUAGAAGCCCUGAAGAGCGACUCUUCGACUCCAUGUUCGUUUUCCAAAGGGACAAUGAUGACGACGAAGUUUUGUCAAAGAGUCUUUGGUCUACAAUUAAUUCAGAGGCUCAGCAUGAAUAUCCUCUUGCAUUUGAGAUUGUGCGUCAUGGUACACGGUCAUUCACGGCUACUCUUGCUGCGAAGAGCAACGUCGUAUCAUCCGACGAUGCCCAGCUACUUCUUUCCAAGUUCGAACAGAUCUUAUUCGAAUUUGCGCAAGAUUCAAACAAGAGAUUGCCUGAGCUAGACGGGGUCUUACAUGCACCAGUCGUAACCAAUGGCCAAAUCAAGGGUGACCGCGAGUCUUUCAGAGCUCCUGAACAAACCAAUGGCGCUCUCUUUGAAUGGACUUCUCACGCAUCCACUAUUCGCGACAUCAUUGCGAUUCUUGCUGGGGUGGAGCCUGAGUCUAUCAGCGAGGAAACAUCCAUCUUUGAAAUCGGACUUGACAGCAUUGAUGCAAUCAAGAUAUCCUCGCGCCUGGGUAAAGCCGGAAUUAAACUCCCUGUCAGCUCCAUCAUGCGCCACCGUACAGUGAAGGCCAUGAGCAAGCAACUCUCAAUGACAAACGGGCACCAUAAAAACGGGGCACAGCCUUUGCUCGGUCAAAUGGAGAAGUCUUUGACCAAGUUCCUUGAACAGGAAGGGCUUCUUCUUCCGCGCGUUAGGCGAGUUCUACCGGCCACUCCUAUUCAAGAAGCUAUGGUUGCUGAAAUUGCUGCAUCUGGAUACAAGCAUUACUACAAUCAUGAAAUACUUCAGCUUGAGCCUGAAGUGGACAUUGGAAAGAUGGAACAGGCGUGGCGAGCCGUUGUCAGAGCUCACCCUAUACUCCGAACCUCGUUUGUUGAAAUUUGGGAUCCAAAUAUUGCAGUAUCCUACGCCCAAAUCAUCCAGGAUGAGGAUUGCUUUGAUGUUCAAACUGUUCAUUUGCAUGGUUUGUCCGUGGAUACCAUCAUAGAGACCCAGCGGUCAAGGGCCCGCCAUGAACUCGCGAGCCGCCCCUUGCUUAGCAUCACCAUCGCGCUAGAAGGGGACAAGCGGUACCUUGUUUUGUCAAUCUCACACGCUCUUUAUGAUGGCUGGUCGAUCAAUUUGCUCCAUGAGGAUGUUGCCAAGUCCUACGCGGGCGAGGAUUGCAGUCGCCCAUCUUCCGAUGACAUCCUCGAGCAAAUUAUUGAAUCCUCUGGUGAUCAAGCGUUCAAGUUCUGGAGAGCGACGCUAUCAAAUUUCACACCAGCGUCCUUUUUGCCGAUGGAACAUGCUGGUAGUGACCCAGCUGUCAUCCACCGAGCAGAGCAUUCGUUCUCCAUUCCGCUUUCCAAGGCAGAGUCAUUUUGUAAACUCCAUGGCAUCACUCUCCAAGCACUUUUGGUCACCUGCUGGUCUCUCGUUCUUGCUACUCAUGUUCAAAAGCUGGAUGUAGUCUUUGGCCUGGUCCUGUCGGGUCGAAAUGUGGCCCAGUCCGAGCAUGUGAUGUUCCCAACGAUGAAUACAGUGGCCAUGCGUGUCAUUCUUCAUGGAUCCCGUUUAGAGCUCGUGAAGUAUGUACAGGAAGCUCUGCUCAUGAUGGCUGAGUACCAGCAUUUCCCACUUCGGCGCGCACGACCAGACACAGGGUCGAAGCAGCUGUUUGAUACACUUUUCAUCUAUCAAAAGAGACCAGUUGAAGAAUCCCAGCCUGGGUCUGUGCCGGCUUUGUACAAGCCCACUGGUGGAGAUGCGAAUGUUGAAUAUCCUGUUUGUGCUGAAAUCGAGGGAGUUGGACAAGAGCUUGUUGGUCGUGUUGCAUGUCGAGGUGAUGUGAUGGGACAUGAAGAUACCCUUGUGCUUUUGGCCCAGAUGGCAGAUGUCGUUUCGUCCAUCGUCGAUCAGUCAGCGGAAAAGACGAUCGAAUCCAUUGACAAGGGUGUGAGUGUCUGUGGACUUCCAUCUUUUGAUGAUGUUCCCGCUCAGGGUAUUGAGAAUGCGCCGCUGCGACCAGCCUCAAAUCAAUCCAAAUGGUCGUCAGUUGAGUCUAAGAUUCGCAAUAUUCUCUCUGCGGUCUCUGGUAUACCAGAGGGCUCUAUUACAAAGAGCUCGACUAUUUUCGAGCUUGGACUGGACAGUAUCAGUGCCAUCAAGGUCGCUGCGCUUCUCAAGAAACAGUCGAUUAGGCUCGCUGUCAGUGACAUGCUUAGGGCUGGUACAAUCGAGAAUAUGGCUGAAGUUGCCAACAACAGCCAAACAGAGUUCUCAAUCACGAACCUACCAAGCAUCCUUGACAAGUCGCUUGAUGGUAUAGAUGUGGAAGCCUUAUUACAGUCGCAUGGCAUUGAUUCACAGCGAGUGAGGAAGGUAUUCUCUGCAACUGCAGGACAGUCCUAUUUCCUUUCAAUGCACACUUUGAAUCCAGAGGUUUUCUAUCCAGAAUUUUACUACAUGGCAUCACGGCAAUUGAGCCGGCAAGCACUUGACAGUGCCUGGACUCGUGUCAUCGAGCAAACACCGAUGCUUCGAACAGCAUUCCUCCCUGUCCACGGGCCUCAGCUUGUGCCGUACAUUCAGAUCGAGCUUGAGGCGGUGCACAUUCCUAUCAUCUGGCAUUCCACACCCGAUCAACUCGUUUCAGAAAAUUCUAGGAAAGAAUUUGGGGCUGUGCCGGUCGCACUGCGUGCUUGUCAAACAACAAAGGGCACGGCGCUAAAUCUGCAGAUUCACCACGCGCUGUAUGACGCUGUCAGUCUCCCACAUAUUCUGAGCAGGCUUGUCGCUCAAUGCAGUCAAGAUGAGGCUAUUCAAUCACAGCCUGACCUUGACCUCUCGCAUCUCGUGGCGUUCCAGCAUGUUCAUUCGCCGGUUCACAUUCGGCGUCAAUUCUGGCAAAAAUAUCUAGGCCAAAUCCCAACUCACCAGACGACAAAGCGAGUGAAUGACUUUGGCUCUGUGCAACAGUACUACCGACCGGGUCUUGUACCCAGCAUGGCCUGUGUCGAAAAGGUUGCUAAGCGUCAAGGGCUAAGCAUUCAAACCAUUUUCCUAGCCAUCUAUGCUCGAAUUCAUGCGCAGAACUUUCGCACAUCUGAAACAGCUGGCCACGAUGAAUCUGGCAGGCGCUUAACGAUUGGUCUUUACCUUGCUAAUCGAUCGCAUUCCAUCGAAGGCCUUGCAGAAUCUGUCAUUCCCACCGUCAAUAUCGUUCCACUGCGAUUGGAUGACAAAUUUAGCGACACAAAUGACAGCCUACUCGAAGCCGCCCGCAGAAUUCAAACCGAAAUCAAUGAGAUCAGUCGAGUGGAAUACUCGGGCGUAUCUCUCCUGGAGAUUGCCGAAUGGACCGGAGUCCACAUUGAUACCUGCGUCAAUUUCCUGCGACUUCCAGAGGAUGAAUUGCCUAGCAACGAGACUAAGUUUUCUCUGUCCGCGAUUCAACGCGAGGAGUUGUCAAGACUGAGCGGGGCCGAAUCCACGCCUGCAACGCAGACCGAGACCCAGAUUAAUGGCAAUGGUGCAGCGCCACCGGGUCCAGCCGAGAACAAGCACCCGAGCGCCCCAACGGCGGCUAAUGAAACUGUCUACCAGCCAACAAUCGACGUCGAAGCGGCGAUUCGCGAUGGUCGGUUGGACUUUGGACUGUUCGCGCCCGAGAGUCGGCUGAGCUCCGACUGUGCCGAGUGCAUGAUCGACGCUAUGCGACGGGAGAUGGAUGCAUUGGUGACAGGCUUCGAACUGUAG